GGGCGCCGAGGGGUUCGGGGCGGCGAGUGCGCGCUGCCGCCGAGCGGCGUCGCGCCAGUGAAGCCGUGCCUGGUCGGGCGGCGGUACCGGCAGCGCAGCAGGCAGCAACGGCCAAGAUGUCGGCCCGGGCGACCCGCUGCACGGGCCUGCGAAGCGGCGGCUGCAGCACCGGGGGCGGGUCGGGCGAGCCGGGCGUCCCCUGAGCGGGACGGCGGGGGCAUGGCGUCGGUGGCGGCCUGGCUGCCGUUCGCGCGGGCGGCGGCCAUCGGCUGGGUGCCCAUCGCCAACAACCCGCUGCCGGCGCCGCCCGUGACCAAGGAGCGGCGUCGCCGCGAAGACGAGAAGUUCACCAUCAACGUGAGCGGGCGCCGCUUCGAGACGUGGCGCAACACGGUCGAGAAGUUCCCCGACACGCUUCUGGGCUCGAACGAGCGCGAGUUCUUCUACGACGAAGAGACGCGCGAGUACUUCUUCGACCGGGACCCGGACAUUUUCCGGCACAUCCUCAACUACUACCGGACGGGGAAGCUUCACUACCCGAAGCACGAGUGCCUGAUGGCGUACGACGAGGAGCUGGCCUUCUUCGGCAUCGUGCCGGACGUGAUCGGAGACUGCUGCUACGAGGACUACAGGGACAGAAAGCGAGAGAACGCCGAGCGCCUUCUGGACGACAAGAUGUCCGAGGGCAACCAGGAGGCCCACAUGGCGCACAGCACCAUCCGCGAGCGCAUGUGGCGCGCCUUCGAGAACCCCCACACGGGCACGGCCGCCCUGGUCUUCUACUACGUCACCGGCUUCUUCAUCGCCGUCUCGGUGAUGGCCAACGUGGUGGAGACCAUCCCGUGCGGCCACGACAGCCGCGCGGGCGAGAGCCGCUCCUGCGGCGAGAGCUACAGGGUUGCCUUCUUUUGCCUGGACACAGCUUGCGUGAUGAUCUUUACCGCAGAGUACCUGCUGCGGCUGUACGCUGCUCCGAACCGCUGCAAGUUUAUGCGCAGCGUCAUGAGCAUCAUCGAUGUGGUGGCCAUCAUGCCGUACUACAUCGGCCUGGGCAUCAAGGACAACGACGACGUGUCCGGAGCCUUCGUCACCCUGCGGGUGUUCCGAGUGUUCCGCAUCUUCAAAUUUUCGCGUCACUCGCAGGGACUGCGCAUCCUGGGUUACACGCUCAAGAGCUGCGCCUCAGAGCUGGGCUUCCUAGUCUUCUCGCUCGCCAUGGCCAUCAUCAUUUUCGCCACGGUCAUGUUUUACGCCGAGAAGAACGUCAAGAGCACCACCUUCACCAGCAUACCGGCCGCCUUCUGGUACACCAUCGUCACCAUGACGACCUUAGGGUACGGCGAUAUGGUGCCUGACACGAUCACGGGCAAGAUUGUGGGCGGCGUGUGCUCCCUAAGCGGGGUGCUCGUCAUCGCGCUGCCUGUGCCUGUCAUCGUGUCCAACUUCUCUAGGAUUUACCACCAGAGCCAGAGGGCAGACAAGAGGAAAGCCCAGAAGAAAGCCCGGAUGGCGCGCAUUCGGAUCGCCAAGGCGACCAGCGGCGCCGCCUUCGUGAGCAAGAAGAAGGCGGUCGAGGCGAAGCUGGCCGCUCAGGAGAGUGGCCAGGACAUGGACGACGGGCCGGAGGACAUCUUCGAGCUGCAGCACCACCAUCUGCUCAGGUGCCUUGAGAAAACAACGGACCGAGAGUUCGUGGAGCUCGAGGUGCCGUACAACGGGCAGCCGAACCGUCCGUCCUCGACGCCUCCUCUGUCGCCAGUCCCUUCGGUGGGCUCCGAGGACAAGUCGCUGCUCCAGUCCUGCUGUGGACGCAGGUGCUCCAAGAAAAAAUAUCAGCAGCAGGGUAGCGGCACCUCGGAUCAGGAGGAGGAGCUCAACGACAUCCAGGUGCGACUGCCGAACCGGACGCCCCCUAGCGACCACCACCAACCGCAGCCGACACCGCCCCAACACCACAUCGUCACAAUGUCGCGGUCGAGCCUAAACAACCCGGCACCCCUCGUGACCACCAUGACCUCGUCGCACGCCGGCGGGCCCCCCAUGGCGGUCACCACUGCCGUGGUCAACUUUUCGGCGUCCGCCGCCACGUCCGACGGCGGGCCGGACGCAAACAACACCAACGGUGCCGGUUCCUCCUCCGCGACGACGGCCGCUGCGACGGUCAGUGGCGCUGCGGUCGCUAGUGGUCCUUCCUGCGGCGCCGGCAGCGGUGGUCCCAUGGUUCGCAUUUCAACGCUGUGAUGAAAACCGACCAGGGCGUCGUUGGCUUGACAAGCCGACGGCCACCGGCGCGAGGAGGGCAUCAUCGACGUGGCCGACCAACACACAAGCCAUCCGAGAACGCCGAUCCGCCCUAUCCCUGGCCCGUCGGUGCGGCCGUCGGCGCGAAAAGCGCUGCUCCAACAUCCAGAAACCUCAGCCCCAGGAAAGGCGCGCGAGGCCCAAAAGUGUUCCACGACCAUGAGCUCACAUCCGUUUCGUUUCGUUUUGCGUUUCACGGGGUACGGACUAAACCGUGAGACACUCGGCGUGCUAGGCAGCUUCGAUGAAGAAAGCCACACGGUUCACCGUCACUGGCACGGCUUGGUUCGAGAGUUAUAGGCGAGAAGUACACAAUCUUCCCUCAAAGGCGUAAAAACCUUGGCCGACGCUCCUUCACGAUAAUCAACGUCACAUCGUACUUUUUUUUUUUUUUUUUGUCUUUUGUGGGGCGGCCCAGUACAACCCUCACAGUGUGUGUGAAAUUUGUCGAUUUUUGCAUGACAGUGUCGAAGACGUUUUUUCACUUACCUAGUGAAGGUCCAAUGUUUAUUUUUAGUAUUUGUAAAGAAAAGGCGGUGGGAAGGCGCGUUGUUAUGCAUACAUUUUGCUUAGGAAUAUAUACGCAUCUACACGACACACUCAAGUGUCGUGCUCGGUAUGUUCACACGUCUGAGAGCGGUAUUUGCGAUGUUGAGGUACUGUAGAAAACUGUCCUUGAGCUCCACUCACUCGGCACGAAAAGUGCAAUUAUGCAACGGCAAAAAGAAGAAAAAAAAAAAAUCGCGACGACGUAGUGAUGUCUCUCACAGCUGACGGUCAUCUUGAAAGCUGGUGCGUGUGGAAGCAUUACGCCCUGCAGCUUGUAUAAACACUUUGCUCAACGCUAACAUGACAGAGGAUCUUGACGAUUCAUCGGACGCUACCUGGCACUUCUACUUGAUUUAAUCGUAUGCCUGUGAAUCAACACAGGCCUUGUUAAGUAUAAGUAUAUAAGUACUGGUACAAAGAAAUAGGUUUUUGUAGUGUUUGUUGUGGGCAACACUGCCACGAGGAACACGAUUGGCAGUAUAAUAGUAGACCGACCAACACAGCUUUUACAAACGCCGAGGUUUAUUUUUCUCCGUCUAUUUCUAUCGUCGCCUGAGUUUUCUCAGUCGCAAACAGACGCUUUUCCUCGGUGCAAGAUCUUCCCGGCAGACACAUUCUCUGUAAACUCUCGACGUCUUUUUUAAAGAUGGUGCUUCUCCCCGUCAUGUCUAGCGAGAGAGGUGCUAGCAACAGCUGUCGUUAAUUUUUCUUUUUUUGUAUCGGUGAACCUUGACCAAUACCCACGAAGUGAAACCGUGGGCCUCAUUAUGUGCCUAAUGUCUCAUACCCAGCUUCCCUGUUCUGUAGACAUCUCGCAGAACAUCCGGCACUAGGUCAUUUCAGUCUACGAGGUUGUGAGGGCUGGUGCUUCGAAUGGAGUUGACUACGAGACAUUUUACACUUACAAUGACGCCUGCAAUUCUACAGUGCACAUGCAGCUUGGAAGGCUCACUGCUCAGUUAUCGUGUUGUUGUUUUUAUUUCUCCCCCACCCUCUUCCCCCCCUCUUGUGUUGUGGACGGUACCCGUUUCGUAAGGCGAUGUCCUCGUGUUGGAGUGUCGGCAGGUUUUUUUCGAUUCGUUUAGUUCUCGAAAACUCCGCCCGACAAUAAUGUGUGAACGCCAGAAUGCUGUCCAUCGUUUUUCGCCUCGCGCAAUUUUUUUUUUCUCCAUCUCGUUGAGUGAAAGAGGGAAAAGCGGCCAACGUCGCAAUGUCACGUCUAUAAAAGGACGGGACGGAUCAUGAUCAAACACGUAUCCCAAGUGUCUGGGCAAAAGAAUGCAUCACGGUCGCUUCUGUCGAAGGGGACGGAUGUGUUAUACAAUGAAGAAAGAAGGAAGGCUCUCAAUUCAACGUGUUCCACGAUUUUUCAGCUCUGCGCAUCUCUUGCUAUCUGUCGCUACCAGCCACGAGUGAGUGCACAUGUGAGUGCGUGUGUGCUUGAUGAGACACAUAAUGUGCAUGUCGGCACCGUGUUUCCACCCAUGAAAGGAAAAAAAAAAAAGAAGCAAAGUGUGAUGGUGAACAAAUCAGCAGUUAAUAAAAAAAAGAGGGAAGAAAUCGCCGAUGCCGAAGAUGAACAGUCCGCUACUCCUCGAACUCUAGAAACUCGAUGACGAAGAAGACGAAGAAAAAAAAAAAAGAACACAAUACAAAAAGUGAACACUAACUGCAGUGUAAGACAGUGUGUCCGCUGACUGCAGUGUGUCCGUUGAAUUUUUUUUUUCCUUCAGACAGUUGCCAUUUCAACAUUGAAGAAAAGGAAGAAAAAAAAAAACACCAAAAAUGUUAAAAAGGGAGAGAAGCAAGUUGUAAAGUCAAUUGAGACCUGCUACUACUUUUUGUUACCUCUAGUUUUUAACUUCAUUCUUCUCUCCUCCUUCUCCCCCCAAACCUCUCUCUUGUUAGCGACAUUCUCUCUUACACCGUCUGUCGCCACCUUUUCUUGCUGUUGUUAUUGUCGCUCCCCUUACUCAUUUGGUGCGGUUAUUUAUUCAUGUUUUUUUUAUUACAAUUGCUACUGCCGUCAUCCUAGUAGACACACACCUUAGACUGACGAGUGUAAAAAAAAAAAGACACUACCCAGAGAUCGCUUAAGAAUAAUAAUAAUAAUAAUAAUUGUACAAGUCACUCAGGCCAAGCACGAAACCUAGUAGUCUAUCUCUUUCCUAAUCAUUAAGAAGGGAGAAAGAAAAAAAAAAGAAGCGAUUUGCGAGAAUUACUGAAAAACAAUUGCCUAGAGUCGGUUGUGACCGGAGUUGUGUGUAUGUGUAGAAAUAUGUUGGUAGCCUAAUUUUAGAAAGCAGCGAUUGGAGACAGUCGAAGUUUCACGUUUUAGACGCCGUAUUGCGACGACGGAAAGUAUUUGGAGUUGGUUGUCAAAGACAGAGGUGCGUGCCACGUCGCUGGUUUCUUAACAAAAAACAAAAACAAAAUCACGAGUAAAGCAGCUGCUACUGAAAGAGCAAUCAAAAUUACAGUUGCUUACGCACGAAGACCGUUAGUGUUGUACGGGAAGACUAGUUUGUUUAGGAUGUUGAACAAACCAGGGUCAACUUAAUAAAAGCGAAACGUUUCUGUUUUUGUUUUUUGUCUGACGAUCGCACAGCUCAGAUGAGUGAACGAAGUCUCGUAAAAUUUCUCCUUCGAACAAAAAU